AUGUGUUUCCUGCAGCUGGUCUCCCCAGAAGGUGGAAGAUGUCAGCUGGGCGCGGAGGGGGCACUCGCUUCUGCCCCCAGGCUGGAGGAGGAAGAGCUGCCACUGUGGAGGGCACUGGACAUGCCCGAGGCACCGUCCUGCCCGGACAGUGGGACCCCCGCCCCAGACCGCAGGCUGGGGGCCCUGUACUCCUGUGUGCGCAACGACUCCGCCCAGCUUCAAGCUGUGCUGGAGGACGGGGUCUCCCCUGAGGAGGCCGCCCAGGCGGACGGCAAUGGGAGGGUGAACGGCCUCCUGGUCGCCUGCUACCGCGGCUCCGGGAGCGUCGUGGCCCUACCCAGCCGCUGUCCGUUCCUGGACGUGAACCAACAGGACGCAGAAGGCGACACAGCCCUCACGCUGGCUGCCCAAGCAGGCCACGCGCCUCCGCUGAGUCUCCUGCGCAACUACUACUCGGGCCUGGACUUGGAGCGCCGAGACCGGGGGCUGACGGCGCUGAUGCAGGCUCUGAAUGCCUGGCGGCCCUGGGCUGACCUGACAGCAGUGGAUCCUGUUCGGGGCAAGAUGGCCCUGGAGUGGGCGGUGCUGACCGACAGCUUCCACACCGUGCGAAGGACCCGGCAGCUGCGGCGGCGGCCCCAGGCGGAGCAGCUCAGCCAGCACUACCAGCCGGAGUGGCCAGCCCUGCCCGGGCUCAUGGCCCAGGCCCAGGCUCAGGUUGCCCCCUCUCUGCUGGAGAGAUUACAGGCCACCUUGAGCCUCCCCUUUGCCCAGUCUCCUCAGGAGGGGCGUGUCCUGGACCACCUUGUGACCAUCACGACCAGCCUAGCCAGUCCCUUCCUCACCACUGCCUGCCACACUCUGUGCCCUGACCGCCCACCUGCACUUGGGACCCGAAGCAAGUCUGUGCCAGAGCUGCUAGGCACCGCUCCCCCCCCUCCCCCAGCCCCCCAGCCUCCACAGGUGGUCCCUGGCCCCCGGGGCCUUGUCCCUCACCAGAGCCCUCAAGGUGUGCUGAGCAUGUGCCCUCAGUGGCUACAGCCCAGGGACAGUGCCAGCCCCAAGCCCUCAGUCCCCCAGAUCCUCCUCUCCAAGGCACCCUCAUCUCCCAGCCGGCGUGAGCCAGAGCCCAGGCCUGCAGGGCAUCGCAGGCUGGCCCCUCCUGUCUGGCGAUACCAGGAGCUCCGGAUGCAGAGGAGGAGUCAGGAGAAGGAGGCCGGGUGUGCACAGGGCCAGGGGAAGAUGGGCUAGGCCGGACUGGGAGCAGGGGGUCAGCUCCUCCCACAGGCGCCCUGCCCUGUGGAGUCCCUCCUGCCUGUCAUCCGAUGCACGAGGUCAUUCAUACAACACUGUUUGCAGCGUAAGAGUGGAAACAGCCUAUGUGUCUACAGCGGACUGGCUAAAUGAUCUGGGUGUCAUUACUGUACACCCAUGUGAUAAAACAGUGAUAAAACAGGAGCAAGGCAGCUCUUUAUGCUCUGAUAUGAAACUAUCUUCCAGAGGUUUGAGUGAAAAAUAGCCAAGGGGUAGAACAGUGCGUAUGGCAUGCUACUAUUUGUCAACUUUGCACAGAGCUAAACUUGACUAGUGCAAAUACAAAGUGAGAACCAAGACUUAUUUAACUAGUUAAUGAGUGAACCAGCAGAAUGGAUCAAAGGAAGAAAUGAAAACCAUUAUUGACAGUCAGUGGAAAAAAAGAAUGCUGGAAUAAGGUUGCAAAGUUGAUACAAAAGGUUAAUUCCCGCCUUGCAAUAAAAUCAUAACUGGUUUUUUUUUCCCCUCGACCAGACGAAAAUGAUUUGCUAUUUUUCAAUCGUCUACAGGUUAACCCUCUUCACUUUACAGAGUCUGGGCCCCAUCACUAGGAAAUUGUAUGUCAAACCAAGUGACUUCCCCUAGACGACCCAUAGGUGGGGUGAUUAGCCAAUGGUCUAAAAUAUCUCUGAAGGGGCACCGAGUAAUUUUGUGUGUGCCUUAUUUGCAAGUUUUGAAAUUUUUCUCUUUUCUUUUUUUGGUUGUUAAUUAUCACCUGAGGAUAUUUUUUCCCAAUGUAUCAACGUUGCCAUCUUAUUCCAGCAUUCUUUUUUUCCACUGACUGUCAAUAAUGGUUUUCCUUUCUUCCUGUGAUCCAUCCUGCUGGUUCACUCAUUAACUAGUUAAAUAAAUCUUGGUACUCCCUUUAUAUUUUUAGGAAGGGAGGAAGAAGGGAGAGAGGGAGAAAAAGAGAAAUAUCGCUGUGAGAGACACAUCGUUUGGUUGCCUCCCACACGAACCCUGACCAGGGUACAUGCAAACCAGGUACAUGCCCUUGACCCGGAAUCAAACCCGACACCCUUCGGUGCAUGAGCCAAUGCUCUAAUCAGAGAAACACCAGCCAGGGCUGAAUUUGUGAGGGGGGUUUUUUGAUGUUAUUUUUGUUGGUGUUGUUUGUUUGUUUGUUUUUCGUUAAUCUUUGCCCCAGAAUAUUUUUUCCAUUGAUUUUUAGAGAGAGUGGAAGAAAGAGGGAAAGACAGAGAGAAACAUCGAUGUGAGAGAAACACAUCAAUUGGUUGCCUCCUGCAUAGGCCUUGUCCAGGGUCUGAGCUGGGGAGGAGACUGCAACCAACAUACGUGCCCUUGCUGGAAUCGAACCCAGAACCCUUUGGUCCACAAGCCAACACUCUAAUCACUGAGCCAAACUGGCUAGGGCUCUUAACAUAUUUGUUGCACAAAUAUAUUUGCUUGUAUAUUUGUAAUAAUAAAA